GGCAAAUUUGUCCAUCAGUCGGUCUACGCGUGUGCACUAAAUGUGGAACGUUUGUCAAUCUGUUGAACUGUCCGCCAGAUAUUUCAGCCGAGGCACAUACAUGUUGGUCUACCAGAUGAAUGGUCCAGAUCUCACGCAUGUGUGGGGGAAGGGAAACGGAUGGCUACUCCUAUUCACAUGCAUGCACGUGUGGCAAGUUCGGACGCAUUAACAUGGCCCAAAAAUCAGGCUGGUAAUUGGUACGGACAUUAGGUGGGAUGUGGAAUGUUGGUCAUUUAUCCGUCCAUUUAUUUCAUUUGGGCCACACACGUGUGUUGAAUAUGGGCCGUCGCCGGUUGGUCAUUUAUAUGUCCAUCUAUUUCAUGUGGGUCAUACACGUAUAUUGAACGUGGAGUGUAGGUCAUUCAUCCGCCCAUCUAUUUCAUGUGGGCCACACAUGGUCGAGUGUGGACGGUCAGUCACUUGUCUGUCCAUCUAUUCCACGUGUGGCCCACCUGAUGAUCAUCAUUACCUGAUUUCCUGGCCACUCCAUACACAUGCUGGGCCCUUCAAAAUGAACGGUCCGGAUCUUACACACAGAUGCCACAUUGUACGAUCCUCACCAUCCAUCUGGUCUCCAUAAAAUGGAUGUUAAGAUGAUCCUACUCCCACGUAAUUUUUCGAUAAUCUGACCGUUUUUCUACUCAAAUCCUUCUUAAACAGGCUUAGAAUCAAAGUUCCAGAUUGCGUAAACACCUCAAAAUUCAUCAAAAUGCAGAGAAUACUCUUUCUUCUCCUCCUCUUCUUCUUAUCUCUAUCGGCAAAAACAACAGAAGGAGAUCCAAGAUCAAGUACUGUUCUAGUCUGGUGUAGUACUCAGCUAGAGCACAAUACCACCAUAUACGUGCCAAACUUCGUUGCCACGAUGGAGAACAUCAGCAGGCAGAUCCAAGCCGCUCGUUUCGGCAUGUCUUCCAUAGGAUCAGGCCCCGACACCAGCUACGGUCUAUCACAAUGCUACGGCGAUCUCUCGACGCUCGACUGCGUGUUAUGCUACGCAGAGGCACGCACCAUACUCCCAAAAUGCUACCCGAACAACGGCGGCCGUAUCUACCUCGAUGGAUGCUUCAUGCGAGCCGAGAAUUAUAGCUUCUACGACGAGUUUACGGGCCCCAACGACACGUUCCGGUGUGGGAAUUCAACGCCUAAGGGACAGCUGUUUGUAGAAUCGGCGAGGCGGGCUGUUUUGGAAGCAGCUGGUGCUGCACCGAGCCGUGGAGGGUAUGCGAGGGCAGCUGUGGCUGUGGCAGGAUCAGGUAAUGAGUCAGCUUAUGUGUUGGCAGAUUGCUGGAAGACUUUGAAGCCGGAGUUGUGUAAGGCGUGUCUGGAUAAUGCGUCGGCUUCUGUUAUGCGCUGCUUGCCUUCGUCGGAGGGGCGGGCGCUGAAUACCGGGUGCUUCUUGCGGUAUUCGGAUACAGAUUUCUUGAACCCGGCACCGAGUUCCGGCGGGCUGUCUAGAGGGAGCAUUAUAGCGAUGGUAGUUGCUAUCGUGAGCUCAGUGACUGUUGUGUCGGUGGGUGUAGCCAUUGGUUUAUACAUUUGGAAGCACAAAAGAAUAGAAAAGAAAAGAAAAGGUGCCAAUGAUGUUGAGAAGAUGGCAUCGGUCCUUGGAAACAGCAGCUUGAAUUUCAAGUACUCCACGCUCGAGAAAUCCACUGGAUCUUUCGACAUUGCCAACAAACUUGGCCAAGGAGGAUUUGGGACUGUUUACAAGGGAGUCUUGGCUGAUGGAAGGGAGGUUGCUGUGAAGAGGCUAUUCUAUAACAACAGGCACAGAGCUGCAGAUUUCUACAAUGAGGUGAACAUAAUCAGCAGCUGUGAUCACAAGAACCUCGUUAGGUUGCUAGGCUGUAGCUGCUCUGGUCCCGAAAGCCUUCUCGUCUAUGAGUUUCUUCCCAACAAGAGCCUCGAUCGCUUCAUCUUUGAUCCAAACAGAGGAAAAGCACUGGAUUGGGAGAAAAGAUUUGAUAUCAUAAUCGGGACCGUAGAAGGAUUAGUAUAUCUUCACGAGAAACCUGAUAUAAGGAUCAUUCAUAGGGAUAUAAAAGCCAGCAACAUUCUGUUGGAUUCGAAGCUCCGGGCUAAGAUUGCCGACUUCGGAUUGGCGAGGUCUUUCCAAGAAGAUAAAAGCCAUAUCAGCACUGCCAUUGCAGGGACAUUGGGAUAUAUGGCACCAGAGUACCUAGCCCAUGGGCAGUUAACAGAGAAGGCAGAUGUCUACAGCUUUGGUGUACUCCUGAUAGAGAUUGUAUGUGGGAGGCAGAACAACAGAAGUAACAAAGCAUGCGAUUGCUCCGACAGCCUUGUCAUUUCGGCAUGGAAGCAUUUCCAAGCAGGGACGGUGGAGGAUUUGAUCGACCCAAAUUUAAUUCUGCACAACUAUGAGAACAAGGAUGAAUUGAAGAGCGGAAUUUUGAGGGUGGUGCAUGUAGGACUUCUGUGCACACAAGAGAUCCCGUCGCUACGGCUGUCGAUGUCAAGGGUCUUGCAAGUGCUGUCGAACAAGGAUGAAGAACUCCCUGCCCCUAACAACCCACCUUUCAUCGAUGAGAAGACAAUGGAGCUCAAUGACACGUGCGACGAUCCACGGCUCCCUCUCAAUUCAACUUACUCUGUUGCCUGUGUCUCCCAUAGCUCAUUCCAUCCAAGGUGAGAGAAGGGUAACAAAAAAAGGUAACAUUUCAACGAAUGCUGGCGAGUUAUAGGUGGGUGAGAGAGCUUCAUCACCUACGAUCGGUGUCGCAGUUUGAUAGAUGUUGUAGGGUCCACUUGUAGCAGAUCAGCUAGCACAUAUCGGCCGUUUGAUGUUCAUUAAGGUGGCAUGCUUAUAAGGGGGUUACAGCUGAUUUGUUAGAGUUGGAGUUUUUUGAGUCAGGCUAUGAUUAGACAGGAGAGAUUUGUAAAAUGGGUGUAAAAUAUAUGUAUGAAGAGUCUUUGGAUGCAAUAUUUGGAACAUUGUUCAGAAACUCGAUAACUUGAGUCGUCGACUCGAAGACUUGACUUGUCAAUACUUAAUUAUAUAAAAUAAAAAAAUAUUAGGAAUGUUAAUAAGUAUUUUUAAAAUAAUUAUAUUUUGUA